UCCACUUCAUCCCAUUCCUCUUCCCUUUACUACUACUACUUCCUCCUCACCUCACCCUUGCACGUCGCGAUAUAAUUAUAUAAAAUACCAUAUCUCUCUCACACACACACACCAUGCUCGCUCUUCUCGCUCUACUUCCCCUGCUCGUCUCGGUAUCCGCCACACCCAUCCAGAAACGAUACAACCGCGCUUUGAUCGUCUCAGGACGUGACGGCAAAUGUCUCGUUGCAGCUCCCAAGACGGGCUCUGGAUCUCCAGUGACGUCUGAAGAUUGUGCCAACACUCAAGGAGGUAAAUACUGGAACAUCAACCCUGGCUCCGGGUCCAUCAUCCUCAGCGGGACAGAAAGUCUUCCUGAGCCUCUGGCUCUGGACGCAGGCUCUACUCCGGGCAACUUUGGGUCUUUGAAAGUGUGGACAAGCUACCCCGGAUUGUACCAGCAGACCUGGUUCCUCACUGGUGACAACCGAAUCGCCAUUACUGGUGGCGACCAAUGUCUCGACGAGGGUGACAACGGUAUUCAAACGUACCAAUGCACCACCGGCAACACCAACCAGGUCUUCUACGUCAAGGAGGACGACUCCAAUCCCCCUCCUUCCUCAUCCGCCUCCGCUAGCCCUUCGUCCACUUCAUCCGCCACGGAGCCUUCUGGAACCGCUGCACAAGCCUACCUCAUCCACCCUGAUGGAGACGCGUCUCGAUGUGUGACCAUUCAGAACGGAUACGAUGGCCAAGGAUCCAGGGUCGCCAUGUGAGUGACGUGCAAUCAAGUCGCACGGCUCUGACUCUUGUUGACAUGCUGUUACCUUUCCUCUCCCAGCUCUUCCUGCUUUGGCGGUGGAGACUUUUGGGCUUACCAGAAAUGGACCUUCC